GGAAAAGACAAGACAAAGUUAAGAAGUAAGAACUUUGAACCAAUGCUUAGGAGACCACACAGGAAGCUGUAUGCAUAGAUCCAACUUUGCCCCCAAUCCUGAUGAUCAUAUCUGUUUUAGUUUAGGUUCCUUCAGAACAAACCUUGAUCCAAGGAGUUAAAUUGGUCCAGAUGAGUGAGCCAGCAUCUCAAGAGGGAUCCAAACCUGUUCAGGAAAAUGGAAAAGAAGAGAAAGAAAGGAAACAGGAAGCAACUGAAGUGAAAGUCCCUACUGAGAGUUCUCAGAGCGUACCAAGCAGCUCUGCAUUAGACACCAGCAGCAAUGUGCCAGAAACAGCAACAGAUGAAAUCAAAUCCCAAGAAAUACACUUGGAAGAGCAAACAAAAGCCUCAACUGAUUUAAUAAAGGACUCUGACACUAAUGUCUCAAAGAAUUUUGUGGUUAGAAAACCUGCCAAAGUGAUUUUCAACUUAGAUCCAGAUGUACUGAAUUCAAAGCUAGAACAGCCAUGGAAGAAAAAUUUUUACGAAAGAGUGGAGGCAAGAGCCCAGGCAAUGCAGCAGAAAAUAAUAAAUAAGGAUAAUCUGAAGAAAGAACUAGAAAAAAAGGCUGAAAAAAAAUUCCCUAGGAAUAAUUUGGCCAAAGAGUGGUUUAAUACUGAAAACAUGACACUUAAAACUCGUGCAUAUUUGCUUGACAAACUUCUACCCACCUUAGUUCCUGGAGUGGAAAAAAUGUUAAUGCAAGUGGAAAAGAAGAAACUUUGGGCAGAAGCUGAUAUUACAACCAAGUUUGAUCCAAUUAAUCAUUUGGGGGAAUAUUUAAUGAGAAACAAUCCUUAUUAUAUCAAAGACUCAGGAAUGUCUGGUUAUCAGAGGGUGAUGAGGGAUGUCACGGAAGAACUGAAGAUACAUGUUCCCAAUACUAUUGGCAACAGAGUAUCCAAGAUGAAGGAGAGUAUUAAACAGAAACGAGAAGAAAGAGAAUGCAUAAAUGAAGUCAAAAUCAAGGUGGCCAAUACACGGAAACAGGCUCUGCAGGAGCAGUUCAGUGAAUGGAUUCUAGACCCCAAAGGAAUGAUUCCUGUGGUAGUGAUUCAGAAUGUCCUUCAUGAAUUUUUUCAAAAUCCAGAUUUCCAGCUUGAAGCAUGUUGCAAACAAUUGGAUAUUGCUGACUCAAUGGGACCAAGACUGAACAAAAUGGAAUUUACAGAAUACAUCUCCUCAUACAUUGCAGACUUUAAAAGUGAAAUGUUUGAGAAACUCCUUAAGCACCUCUGUCAUUGUGCAGAUGAAUUCCGGGAGAUCAUAAAAACGGAUAUGCGGAGGCAGAUGUUUGCUGAACUCUUCCUGUGUUGUGACCGUGGGAAGGUAGGGUUUUUGGGUCGGCAGAGGACAUUGGCCUUGCUGGAAACAUUCUAUGACCAAAGUUCGAAAACGCUCAGAAGUUUGCUGCGAAACCCAAGACAAUGGCCAUUCAUUGAAUUUGAAGAGAUAGACUUGCCUGAGUUCUGGGGAGACAUGGAUAAUCAGAAACAUAUUUAUGAAGACUUUGACAAAGUGCUCUUAGAGAUAAAUGCAUUACUUUCUGAAAAACAUGCUAGCAAAACCCAAAGCACAUUGUUAGAAACUCCAGAAGAUCAACAUAAACAUGAUGAAUAUACAGAAUCAACAUCACCAGAACAACAGAGAGGGACGACAGCAGAACAAGAACCAAACAGAAUUUCAACCAAAGAACAAGAACAAGACAAAGAGUCUACUGGAAAAAAAGAACUAUACAGAGAAAUAGUAACAAAACAAAUCCACACAGGGUCAACUUCAGAACAAGGAUCAAGUAGAGAGUUAAUAACAGAACAAAGACGACAUAGUGAUUCAGUAACAGAACAAGGACCACCACAAAGAGUAUCAUCUUCAAAACAAGGAGUCCACAUGGAAUCAACUGCAGAACAAGGACACCACAGAGAAUCAAUAGCAGCACAAGGACCACACAGAAGGUCAAUCUCAGAACAAGAAUCACACAGAGAGUCAGUAACAGAACAAGAACCACACAAAGGGUCACGUGCGGAACAAGAACCAUCAGGAGAGAUAAUUCCAGAAAAACAACAGGACAUAGAUUCAACUUUACAGUCAGGAAGAGGUAGUAUCUUCAGAGAAAGUAGAAAAUCUAGGGAGUCUGCUUCCUUUGAACAUACUGAAAUCCUCCCACAGGAAAAGAAGACUCAGGAGCAAAUAUAUGAAGAGGAACUAUUUGUGAGUCCUGAACUGCAAGAGGAGGUUCCAAUAUCAAGAAGAAAAUAUCAUCUUUCAGAAACUACAAAAAAGGAAGUUCAGAAAGAUCCAUCUUGUGAAAAGUCCCAAAAAAUAGAAGGAAAGUCAUGGUCAGGUGAACUUUUGACAUGUAACUGGAAUAUGGAUUAUAUCAAAUGUGAAGAAGAAGAAGAACAAGCAAACUUACUCUACAGUAGCUCCAGGUUCACAGACCUACAUGCAGUUAUCAGAAAUAUUCAGUCUUACAAGGAAGUAAAAGGUGGGAGUGCUUUCAAUGGAGUUUCCUUCAAUCUGCUCCAGUUUGUGCAACUUCUGGAGACAUUUGUUGGUGAAGAUGCCCCCCUGAGUGUCAGUGAGACCCUCACAUCCUUUUUUAAGAGGGGCUAUGUUGAAACAAAAGAGGAGAAAAUAAGUGGCUUAGAACAGAUUAGACAUAAUGCUUCCAGAGUCCGACGGGAACUUCUCCUAGAAGCCCUGUUUCAGAAGUGGGACAGUGAUGGCUCAGGCUUCCUGGAUCUGAAUGAAGUUGAUGAACUCUUGUACACAUACAAGGAGGGAAUGGAAAAAGAAUCUAUGAAGAAAGCUAAACUACACAUCCAAUUUCCAAAGCCACACCCUGGUCAAGAAGUGAGGAUGUCUUCAAAACAAUUUCAGAAAUACAUACAGUUGGUUGUAUCUGAACUCAGGGGCAAUGAAGAUCAUGUUCUGGAAACUGUUGUGGAGUUUCUGAUGAAUACUUUAGAAAGGAGCCCUACUGAGAACCUGAGGAAUUGUGCCAGGCGGAAGUGGCUAUACCAAAUCCAACAUGCUGCAGAGACAAGUGGGGUAUCUUUGGAGCCAGUGUACACCGAGACCUUUAAGGCCCUCACCCAGGAUGCUGAAUCCCAUGGAAAUAAGAAGAUCAGUGCUCACAUUUCCCUCUUAGAAGAAAACAGACUACUGCCUGAUAGAGGGAAUGUUCUAUUGAGGAACGUAGCUUCUACUUUAGAUGAUGCUCCAUUUGUACUGAACAGGGUACUCUACAGGGACAUGAAGGGAAUCAGCUUUACAGUAGUGGAUGAAGGGAAGCCAAUACAUGUCCCCCAGGUUCAGCACCAUGGGAACAUCUUCUUCUGGAACAAUUCCAUCAAGAAGAGUGAUCAAAAUGGUUCAUUCCUGGCUCUGCCUCUUCAGGAUGCAUAUAUGAGGGUCUUUGGGGUCAUGGCUGUUGACACCCUAAGAGAUCCCCAGAAAAUAAACAUCUUUGUGCCUCAUGAGAUCAGAUUCUAUCAGGGUGUUGCCAAUGUCUUUAGCACUGCCUAUCACUAUGUCCACAGCAGGGAGCACAUCCUGCAUGUUGUGAUCACUGGCAUCGCCUGGCUCUGUGACAUCACAUCUGACAUCACCAACAUCACUACAUACUUCAUUGAGCCUGGCGCAAAGCAGGAUUCAGACUAUGUUUUACGCAAUAUGAUGGUUACAAGGCACCUGGGUCUAACAAAAAUCCACAGGAAUCCCCCUAUCAUCUUCAGGAAGACAUGCAUCUUCAGAGACUUCCUCUUUAAGUGUACAGACACUUCAGAAGUCAUUUUGGCCUCUGUCUGUGGAGAGAACCACAUAGUAAUUCCACUCCGUGAGAGAACGGGAAAGGCCUUAGGAGUUCUUGAUUUUAACAUUGGCAGGAAUAAGAUGCUACUGUAUCGAGAAUUUAAAGAUCUGCAGAAAAUGAUAAAGGUGGUCCAAGCUGCCUGCUACGAAAUAUUGGGAGAAAUAUCUGGAGAAAUAAAGAAAAACUAUAUCCUAGAGAUUGAAAAUGUAGGUGAAGUCCAGCGGGCAGGAAUUCUCUUUUUCCGAAUCAUGCUGCAAGAGCUGCAGGAAAGCCUCCAACUGCUUACCUCCUUAGACUUUGUAUCACUGUUACUCUAUGACUAUCAUCCUUCGGUAGAGCCCACAUACCUGCCAGACACCAAGUCCCAGGAGGUGGAGGCCAACACAAAACUAGUACAUGACAUCCUGUUAGCGGUUAUCUUGUUCAUUCAUCCAGAGCUGGAAUUAUCAAGUGACUUCGGAAAUUGGGACAAGUGUAAAAUGUAUGUUAACAGACACUUUGUCGCGAACAUUUGUGCCUUUGAUCCAACUGCUAGGCAUGUGGAAGUUAAUUUAAAGCUCAUUGGUGAAUAUAUCAGAGAUCAUUCUCGAAUUGAAGUAUGGAAGUUUGGUAAUAGUGUCAUCGAAUACCUAUACCACUGGGCACACAUCUGUUUAACUCUCAUGGAGCUAAGCAAAAAAACAAGUAGUGCUAUUGCACCCCCAUUGCCCUCCAAAACUGACUCCUAUGUGUAUGCAAAAAUGCCAAAGGGAAGCUUGCCAGGGAAAUGCUAA